AUGGCACGACUAGCACGGAACCGGCGGCGGACGACAGACAGGAGAAAAGAGGAGGCAAGGAGGCGAGGCGACAAGAUGGACAAGACGGCACGAGAGCCGUCGUCGAACCGGAUGCAGGCAGCGGUUGCAGGGAGUGCAAGCGAAAGAAUGCGCAAUUCACAAUACACACAUCAGCCGGAUGGCGGUGAUAUUAAGUACUGGACAGACGAUCGAUCGUGUAGUGGCGAAACAUUGAUGAAAGAGACGGGAAGAAAAGUCGCGAAGUUGAUCGCCGGCACUGUUUAA